UAGGCCAUCAAAUAUGGUGUCACACACUUCAUUCAUUUUGAUUGUUAUAAGGGCAUGGUAUAGAUCUUCCAAAUCUCAACACCCAAAAAAGAUUUUCAUUCCUCUUCUCUCCCUUCACUUCCCAAAUCCCAUCCCCUUCUCUAAUUCCCACAAAGGACAAAGCUAUAUACCUAAUUUCCUAAAUAGACACUCUCCUAUACUCCUAUUUAUAUUCCUCUUUUCUCAUUUCUCUCUCUUUUUUUCUCUUUGAGAGACACAUAAAAACUGGGUCUUUGGCUGCAUGAAUUGAUUUGAUAGCCAAGUAAAAGUCUUCUUCUCUCUCUCUCUCUCUCUCUCUCUUUUUUUUUUUUUUUGCCUUGGUUGACUCAAGAAAAAGAAAAAGUCGCAAUCUUUUUUUGUUUAAUAGGGUGUUUGUAGGGUUUAGAGAGAAUUGAAAAAAAUGGGAUUUUGGGUAUGGUUUGUGUGUGUUAUUUUAGGUUGGUUUUUGUUCAAGAAGAAGAAGAAGAUUAUUGAGAACAAAGAUGGAAUUCCUAAAGGGAAUUUGGGUUGGCCUUUCUUUGGUGAAACUCUUCAAUUCAUUUCUUCUGGCUAUUCUUCUCGUCCUGUCACCUUCAUGGACAAACGCAAAUCUCUGUAUGGGAAUGUGUUUAAAACCAACAUUUUGGGGACACCCAUAAUAGUAUCAACUGAUUCAGAGGUGAACAAGGUUAUUUUACAAAACCAUGGGAAUAUAUUUACCCCAGCUUACCCAAAAUCAAUAACAGAAUUACUUGGUACAUAUUCAAUUCUAAGAAUGAAAGGGAACGUUCAAAGAAGACUUCAUACAAUCAUUGGAGCCUUCCUUAGGUCUCCUCAACUCAAAGCCCAAAUCACUAAAGAUAUUCAAAAUACUGUUCAACUUAGACUUGCUAAUUGGAACAAUAACUCUCCAUUGCAUUUUCAAACUGAAGCCAAACAGAUCACAUUUGAAGUAUUGGUGAAGGUGUUGAUGAGUGUGGGACCUGGUAAAGAAUUGGAGACUUUAAAAAGGGAAUUUGAAGAGUUUAUUAAAGCUUUGAUUUGUAUACCUAUUAAAUUACCUGGAACUAGGCUAUAUAAAUCUUUGAAGGCCAGAGAGAAGUUGUUGAAAAUUGUGGGGAAGAUUGUGGAAGAAAGGAAAUCGAGGGUGGGGGAGAAGGGUGCACCGAGGGAUGCGGUGGACGUGCUCUUACAGGAUCACAGUGAGAACCAAGGGCUACCCCUCGAUUUCAUCAGCAGUCACAUCAUAGAGCUGAUGAUUCCCGGGGAGGAGACGGUACCGACGGCCAUGACUCUCGCCGUUAAAUUUCUCGGUGAUUGUCCCCGCGCUCUUGCCCAAUUAAUGGAAGAGAAUAUGAAACUGAAGAAGGAGAAGGAUGGAUCUGGGGAGGAGUAUACGUGGACAGAUUACAUGUCUUUGCAAUUUACUCAAAAUGUGAUUAGUGAAACAUUAAGAAUGGCUAAUAUCGUCAAUGGGGUUUGGAGAAAAGCUCAAAAAGAUGUGAAAAUCAAAGACUAUUUAAUACCGCAAGGAUGGUGCGUCCUGGCUUCCUUUAUUUCAGUUCAUAUGGAUGAAAAGAACUAUGCAAACCCACAUGAGUUUGAUCCAUGGAGAUGGGAGGAAAAUUUGUCUGCUACAAACAACCAUAACUUUACACCUUUUGGAGGGGGACAGAGGCUAUGUCCUGGAGUCGAACUCACCAGGCUCGAAAUCUCAAUUUUCCUUCAUCAUCUUGUCACGACCUACAGAUGGGAAGCUGAAAAGGAUGAAAUCGUCCAUUUUCCGACAGUCAAGAUGAGAAGGAAGCUGCCAAUCACAGUCACAACCUUAAGUUCUUGACUGGAUUCAAUCAUCUCAACAACUUUGAUACCAAGCUGUCGAGGAAAUAAGGCGAAAAAAAUUUGCCACACACAGAUGUAAAUGUAUUAAAUGACCGUAACUGUACUAAUACAGGAAUUCUAGUUUUACUUUACAUGGAGCUCUACUCUUACCAUUCUGAAUUAUGAUUCUUGUUCGUGCGUCGCCAUCUUUUUGACAGUUCAAAGGGGUCCUUUUUUGUCCAUUUCCUCCAUUGAAUAGCAUUCAUUGUACCCAACUCCAUGUUUAAAGUUUAUUUGUUUC